CAUCAUUGAUAAAUCCCCCGUCAUUCUCCAUAAAUAUAACAAACGGUAAAUGGGUGUUUCUGAUCCACAAAGACUCAAAGAGUACUUCCAAUAAAGAUGAUCUCUUUCUCAUCCUCCUUCCAAAUAUCCAACAUCCCCUGCCUCUUCACACUCGCAACCAUCCUUGCACUCACCUUCUUCAUCAUCCGAAAGCAGAGGACCAAAACCGCAGCUUCAAACCUGCCGCCGGGCCCAUGGAAGCUCCCCGUAAUCGGCAACCUCCACCAGAUGGUCGGCGACCACCCCCACCGCCGGCUCAGGGACCUGGCCCGCAAAUACGGCCCCGACGUGAUGCAGCUCCAGCUCGGGGAGCUCCCUCACAUCGUAAUCUCAACCCCUGAAGCCGCCAAACUGGUGAUGAAAACCCACGACUUAGCCUUCGCUUCAAGGCCUUCUCUCCUGGUCGCCGACAUAAUCUACUACGGCGGCAAGGACAUAGCUUUGGCGCCCUACGGAGAGCACUGGAGGCAGAUGCGCAAGAUCUGCACCCUGGAGCUCUUCAGCGCCAAACGGGUUCAGUCCUUCCGCCACAUCAGGGAAGAAGAGGUGUCGAAUCUCGUGGCUGCUCUGUCUCGCGCGGCGGAUGCAGGGGAGCCUGUGGACCUCACACGGAUGCUGCUUACAUUAACCAGUACGAUUACUUCCAGGGCGGCGUUCGGCAGAGUACAGGAACUGAACGACGCGUUUCAGAUGGUCAUGGACAAUAUUUCGGAUGUCUGUGCUGGUUUCAAAAUCUCCGAUCUCUAUCCUUCAAUCAAAUUGCUCCCUGUUUUGACUGGGUACAGAGCAAAACUGGUCGAGAUGCGUAAAGCAGCAGAUUCGGUGCUGGAUCGAAUCAUCGAUGAACAUAAGUCGAGAAGAAGGGCGGGGAGGGAAAAUGGUGGUGAAAAAGAGGAUCUUGUUGAUGUCCUUUUGAAUUGUCAAGAGGAACAUGACCUUGGAAUACCCAUUACCAUGGAAGUCAUAAAAUCAGUCACUACGGAACUGUUCGUAGCUGGUAUUGAGACAUCAUCAACAGCGAUAGAAUGGACAAUGUCUGAAAUGUUAAACAAUCCGCGAGUGUUUCAAAAGGCCCAGGAGGAGGUCCGCCAAAUGUUCGGCGACGAGGGCAAAAAAGAUGUGGACGAAGCAAGCCUUCAUCAACUUACAUAUUUGGAUAUGGUUAUCUCGGAAGGUCUGAGGUUACACCCUCCGAUUCCUUUACUUCUUCCAAGAGAAAAUGGGGAGAAGGUGGAACUCGGUGCAUAUGUUGUGCCGAGCAACACCAAAGUCAUUGUGAAUGCCUGGGCGAUCAAUCGGGAUCCACGUCAUUGGGUCGACCCUGAGAAAUUCCACCCUGAGAGAUUCUUAGAUUGCUCAACCGACUACAAGGGGAACGAUUUCCAUUUCAUUCCUUUCGGUGCAGGAAGAAGAGUAUGUCCGGGAAUUUCUUUCGGAAUGGUGGUUGUUAAACUCGCACUAGCGAAUCUGCUCUAUCGCUUUCAAUGGGAACUUCCAUUCGAAAUGAAACAAAGUGGCAUCGAUAUGGCUGAAAGCUUUGGAACAUCACUCAGAAUGAAGAAUGCUCUUCGUUUGAUUCCAGUUUUGUAUGAUGUGAAGGCCUAACUAAAGAGAGAACCAACGACAAAUUGGAUAAUAAAUAAGUGAAGAUUCUCGUUAGGAGAUCUACUAUUUUCCUUUUCCCCACGUUCUUGGUUGUAAUUUCUUCAUUUCUAUCAAAAACAAUUUAGUAACUACAGCCAUUCUACUUUCAGUUUGGUGAAAACAUCAUGUGUCUAUUACACAUGUUGUCGAACUUCAAAUAUGUUAGUGAUGAUAUAGUAUGAAGUCUUACUAUAUUCCAGAUAUAUGAAAUGAAAUCUAUUUCGAUAUUUAUUUGUGCAGAAAGUUCACAUAAUUAACGAAACUAACAACAAAGGGUUUUAACUUUUCUCAAAAGGCAAAACCCAAUAAUUCACAAUAAAAUACAGUAACCUGAGUAAUCCAUUGUGAUUGUAGAGAUCUAAGAUAUGCCUUCUAUAUCUAAGUAAACGAGUAUGAAGCCAUAACUAGUAAACUCAGCUUGCCCAUUUACAAUACUAAUUACUACAGAUAAUUUUAACUUUUUCCACAAACCCCAAAUAAUUCACAAUAAAAUUUUGUUAACGGAGUAAUCGAUGACAGAGGUCAAGAUAUGAUUAAAUCCCCUACUCUUUUUAUUUCUGAGUUAUAUCAAUGAAAAAUAAUAGUUAAGCUUACAAUUCUACCCAGUACCUUCUAAAAGACUCUAAAGAAGCCUCCCAAAAAAUCAAAAGAUUCUAGCUCUACACGAGACAAGCAGUGUUUUACGCGCCACUCUAUGGGCAGCACUAUUGGUGGAUCUAGGUACCGCCCUAAACUCUAUACAAACAGACAAAGAGCUAAGGAUCUAAAGACACUCUCGUAACACCGAACCACCAAUCGAGUCUUCUAAGACGCCUUGACGGACUUGGUUGACGACCACUUCGGAAUCACCUUCGACUAUCACGUGGGUCAAGGAUCUUGAGGCUACAAAGGAGAUAGCAUCCCUGAAAGUUAGAAGCUCUGCCAGAUAAGGGUUGACUAUUCCUUGAUGUUGCAACCCGAACGCCAACAUCACAUGCCCGUCUGACCCACGGAUAACAAGCUCAAACGAACACCCGGAGGCACAAACAGUUGCGUCGACAUUGAUCUUCAAAAAGCCUUUUGGUGGAGGGACCCAAGUGGUGGCAGGAAGGUUUGGGAGUAGAGAGCUGCGGGGAGGAGGGGGGAGAAGAAGACUGAAGAUUCGAGGACCUGGUUGUAAAACGGUCUGGCUAGGGUACGGACAUGAGGUUGGAUUAAAUCCCCUACUCAAUUUUGAUCUUUUUAUUUAAGCAAGGGUUUAUCUCGUUCACGUCACAUAGGUUUAAAUACAUUAAUGGUCACUUGUCUUUUGGGUUACUAACAAAGAGCCACUUACCCAAUAUUCUUCAAAGAAAAGAUUAACUUAUGU